AUGACGGUAGCGGCCAGCCUGCCCAAGUACACCUCGGUGUUCGAACUGGCCCGCUCCGUGCCCAACUCUGCCGCCUUCAACCGACUGUUUGAGCUCAGCAUCGGCCAUGCACGUUGCAAGGCCUCCCCGCAGCUGCAUGCCAAGUACGGCGUGGCCGAGGAGAACAGCCAGGCGGUGCUGCGGGUAUCCAACCGCGUCACCCUGGCGCAGUGCUGGUUCAAUGAGGACCGCACCAAGAAGCCGCAGACCUUUGCAGCGGCCGCGGCGGAUGCAGCGGCGGCGUUCGACCCGCUGGCCCCCGGAGGCAGCGGUGCCUGCGACUUCUGCAACUGGCAGCAGCUGACGGCGGAGGACACGUGGGGGAGGGUGGAGGGGCCGCACGCCGUCAGCGCCAGCAACCUGUUCAAAUACGUGAAGCCGCAGCAGGGCGUCAUCAUGUUCAAGCACCACGAUCCGCUGCGCUUCAGCCUGGAGCAGCUGCAGGACCUGGUGUCGGUGUCGCACCAGUGGUUCCAGCAAGCGGCCGCCCACCAGGCGCAGCAGGACGCUGCGCUGGGCCUGCCGCACCGCCAGCUGCACCCGCUGUUUGUGUGGAACUGCCUGCCGCGUGGCGGCGCCAGCCAGUACCACGGCCACGCCCAGGUCAUGCUGGCAGACGCGCCCUUCCCCACCCUCCAGCAGGAGGCCGAGUCAGUGGCUGGCUACGACUUCACGCACGGCACCAACAGCCGUGGGUACUACCAGGAUGUGCUGGCGGCGCACGAGGAUGUGGGCCUGCUGCUGCGUGAGGGCAGCCAAGGCGACUUUGCGUUCGCCUUUGCCAGCUUGGCGCCCUGGAAGGACAUGGAGGUCUGUAUACACGGCAGCAGCAUGGACAGCCCCGCCUUCCAGCGCCUCCUCUACACCGCGCUGCGGGCCCUGAUUGAUGAGCUAGGGGUGCGCACCUUCAACGCCUCCAUCCACAACAUCCGCCUGCCGCACGCAGCCGGGGACGGCGGCGGCAGCGGGGACGGCGCAGCGGUCAACGACGGCUACCUGCCGCCCCCGCGGGGCAUGCCGGUGCCGGUGGUGGCGAGAGUCGUCGGGCGGGGUCGCCUCAGCAACCUGGCGAGCGAUUUUGGCGGGCUGGAGGUGUUUGGCGGGGCCAGUAUCGGCCACACGGAUCCAUUCCGCGUAGCCGAGGCGCUGCGGCAGGUGCAGGCCAGCCUUCCCGCCGCCGCUCCAAACUAG